AUGUGUGAUUAUAACACUGGUGAAGAUCUUAUUAUGACUGUAGUGCGAGGUCUUAUUGUUCCAUCAUUAACUUUAAUUCCAGAAGGUGAAAUCACCAUUGACAGUAUCAUUUCUGUUUUUUGUUGGAUUAAUCAACCAUUGUCGAUUGUAACUCUUGUUGGCAGAGCAGAAAUUUUCUUGAAUGCUGAUCCAAAUUUUUUCAACCCAGUGUACCAUGAAGGACGCUUGAUCACUUGCCAGGGCUUUGUAACAUAUGCCAUUUUGGACGUCUUGAAUUUUUUACCUGGAAGGGCCAGACCGGACGCUGCAUUUCAACAAUUUUUGCAAAUUAGAGAAGGUCCCAUCGUUACCACUCGCGGAAGACAAAGUGGUUACCAGGAAGUCAACUUUCGAACCCAGACUACACGUUUUGUUAUUGAGGAGUUGGAAAGGGAUGUUAAUACCGAAGGAGACCAAGAACGUCAAAAAAGAGAAGGAAUGGGGGAAGAAGAGGAGGAAUGGGAAGAAGAGGAGGAGGAGGAAGACGUACCUGAGGGUGAUCCAAUGGAGGGUGAUCCAAUGGCUGAAAUGAUGGCGCAGGAGAAUAGAGCCAAACGUGCUAGAGAAGACAUAGCAAGUGAAGAAAGAGAGGCUUCACCUGUUGCACCUGAAGUUCAACAGGAACCUGUUGGUCGUGUGUCUCGAUCUUUGAGAUUUCCAAGAAUUAGAAGUCGAACUGCGACCGAUAGUCCUGGUCCAAGCGGAUUACCAGAAGGUACGCCACAACCACCAGUGAGACGAUCUACUCGUAAUAAAAAAUAA